AUUUAUUUACUUCCCCUCCUCUUUUUAUGGCUUCGCAUUUUGAUUUUUAGCAUCGACAAUACUAUUUCAAUUUUUCAGACAAAAAUGUUUCCUGUUUCAUUGAAAAUUAUGUAUUCUGACGUGAUGGCUACAGUUUCCGACGGUGUUCACAAUGACGUCACUCUGAAAAAUGAGCAUGACGUGGCAAAUGAUGUCAUGAGGUAUUUGGAAGAAAACUAUGUGAAGAAGGAAAACAAUGUGAAAUUGGAGGAGAUUCAGAUUUUAUUGCUCUCCUACACAAAUCCACCGCAACUCCCACGUGGUCUUUCUUGUUCCAAAUGGAUAAUCAAAUGUGAAUCCCAUACACCUUACGUUGUUAAUUUAUUGAAUGCAGUGCCAUUAAAUUGUGACCUAUUGCAUAUUGAAGUGGAUAACGUGGGACUUGGUGAAGUGGCAGAUAUGGAACAAGUAAUUACUGCAAAGGAUUUGACACUGAGAACUUCUGGAAGUGAAGAUGGAAUUUCCAGUGAACAAAUUGCAAAGUUUCAGGCCAGGAGGUUGAACUUAAAUGGGAAAGUUGAAAGAAUUUUUGAAUAAACUUAUUUAUUGUGAAAGUUUUGAUAGACAUCGUUAUCAAUAAUGAUAUCUGUAUGAUUUUGGAAUAAUAAAUUUUUUUGUUGUUCUAAAAU